AUGACCAUCAUCGUUUUUCAUCCGAAGGUAUUGUUAGGUCUUGAUGAUUUAGAUAUGAUCAAAGGUAUUCCCCAAAAAAUACUGGCAUUUGAGAAAUUCCUUGAGGAAAAUCCAGUUUGGCGUGAUAAAGUUGUUUUGCUACAGAUUGCAAUACCACCAAGAACUGAUAUUUUUGAAUACCAAAAACUCACAAGUCAAGUUCAUGAAAUUGUGGGAAGGAUAAAUGGUAGAUUUGGGUCAUUAACAACCGUUCCUAUUCAUUAUCUGGAUCGCUCUAUUGAUUUUCAUGCUUUAUGUGCACUCUAUUCUGUCACUGAUAUAGCACUUAUCACACCUCUACGGGAAGGCAUGAAUCUUAUAAGUUACGAAUUUCUCGCAUGCCAAGAUGCUAAAAGAGGAGUACUCAUUUUAAGUGAAUUUGCUGGUGCUGCACAGUCGCUGGGUGCAGGAGCCAUACUUGUUAAUCCUUGGAACAUACCCGAAGUUGCAGCUUCCAUAUACCAUGCUUUGAAUAUGUCUACUGAAGAAAGAGAGAAACGUUAUCUACAUAACUUCUUACAUGUCACAAACUACACUGCUCAAGUAUGGGCCGAAACGUUAUUAAGUGCACUGAACGAUACGGUGGUUGAAGCACAGUUGAGAAUUAGACAACUUCCACCACCGCUACCAGUUGAAGAGGCUAUUGAGCGAUAUGUCAAGUCAAGUAAUCGACUACUAAUAUUGGGAUUCAACGCUACUUUGACCGAUCGAGUUGAUACGCUUAAUGGAUGUCAAGGAAAUCAGAUAAGAGAAAUGGAUCUUAAAUUACACCCAGAUUUGAAAGAAACUCUUACAAGGCUUUGUGGUGAUCCAAAAACAACUAUCAUUCUUCUUAGUGGAAGUGGCAGGGCUAUAUUGGACGAGAAUUUUGGUGAGUACAACAUGUGGCUGGCAGCUGAGAACGGAAUGUUUUUGCGCUCCACUAAAGGUGACUGGAUGAUGACGAUGCCUGAACAUUUAAACAUGUACUGGGUUGAUAGUAUAAAGCAUGUUUUCGCGUAUUUCACGGAAAGAACUCCACAAUCCUAUAUCGAGAUUCGUGAGACAUCACUAAUUUGGAACUACAAGUAUGCAGAUGUGGAAUUUGGGAGGCUGCAAGCCAGAGACAUGCUGCAAUAUCUCUGGACAGGUUCGAUAUCUAAUGCGUCAGUGGAUGUUGUGCAUGGUGACUGCACUGUAGAGGUCCGACCAUUUGGCGUUACAAAGGGUCUUACCAUUGGUCGCAUUUUAGGAGAGAUUAAUAAUUGCAAAUCUAUUUCCGCGCCAAUAAAUUAUGUCUUAUGCAUUGGCCAUUCUCUAGGGAAGGACGAAGAUAUUUACACAAUCUUUGAGCCCGAGUUUCCCUCAAGGGACAUUAGCAUUCCAAGACUGAUUCUAAGUGAUAUAACAAAUCCUUUUGGGCGAAGUGGGUCUCAAAAGCAUACUCAUGAACUAGAUUUGGAAAAUAAGCAAAACAAUAAUAAUGACAACGACAUUAACAAUGUUGUUGAGAAUGGUAACAGACAAUCAUCACCAUUCCUUAGUAAGUUAACAUGGAAUUUACUUGAUCUAGAAAGGGACAACUAUUUCUCGUGUGCGGUUGGAAAAACACGUACAAAGGCCCACUACCUACUCCCAACAUCGGAUGACGUGGUCUCCCUUCUAAAAGGCCUUGCCCUGGCAUCAUGAACAUGUAUGAGUUUAUGUGACAAGAAGAGCUUCAUAGUUCCAUAAUCAGGGAAAUAUUUUGUCAAUGAAUGGGUUUGUGUAAUAAUCUGGAUUUCGCUUUCGGAUAACUCAAAGAUACUAAUUUCAAAUACUACACUCAAGGGAAAGUUAAAAAUGCUCAACACAUUUUACGAAUGUUGACAUGACUGCUUGUUAUUAUUAUUAUUAUUAUUUUG